AGAGAGAAAUAUUUCGUACAUGUUUGCCCCUGCAUAUUAAAGCCACAAGAGGCAGUCAAGCAAGGCUUCCUCUGUAAUUUUAAAUGACACACCGCAUCAAAUAAAAACCCUAAUUUCGGUGGGAAAAACCCUGUUUUCUUCUGCCUCUCUAAAAUCUAAAACCCUAAACAACUCUCUCUCAAUCUUACAAGUUCACCAAUGGCAGAUUCAUCAGUUUCUAUUGACCAGCUAAAAGCUAUCUGGCACUCUCAAGUUCACGAUGAGGAAAAAUGGGCCCUCAACAUGAAACUGCUGCGAGCUGUUGGGCUGUUUGCUGGAUCUAUUUUUCUGAUGCGGAAUUAUGGUGAUCUUAUGGCAAUAUGAGGAUUGAUGAAGGGCUGCUAUACUGCAGUCUUAUUUCUGGCUAAAUUAGUACUGUGAGCUCAUGAGGUUGGAUGGGUCUCUUUGGAUACUGUGAAUGGCAGAUUUUCUUGCAAUACUUUCAGAUUUUCCGUAGUUUAGUGUUCUUACUUUGGAAUAUGGACCUGUUUCUUCAAUCUCCUCUGGAAAAUAAACAUAUAUGCUAGAUGACUUGUCUUUGUUUGCAUAACUUGCCAAUCUCAUUGAUUCCUGGUAGUUUCUGUUGUUAAUUAACUUAAAUGACUUGUUUUGCUA